AUGCACUCUCCCAAGAAACAAAAAAGCCUCUCUAGCAAUACACACCAAACUAAGCAUGUGCAGAGUGACUCAACACGAUAUGUCUUAUCAGGAGAUAAGAGGGGGACACUGGAAGAAGGGGAGGAUCAGAGAAGUCAGGAUCAAACAGCGUUUCUACACAAUGCAGAGGAUUAACUCCUUAGGUUCCACAGUAAGUAUAACAAGCAUGCUUUACUCCCAGGGGCGGACUGACCAUUUGGAAACUCAGGCACCGCACUAGUCAGUAGGGGGCCCCAUGAGAUGCCUUUUUCAUAGGC